AUGUACUGAAUACACAAUGUUCUAGAAUAUUCAUAUUGUUUGGCGGCAGAACAAAAGAUGAAUACAUAAUUUAAUGGAGAAAUGGCAAAAGAUUGAUGUGUAGAUUUUAGGCGACAAGUAAUAAGUCGCACGGAAUAGCUUUGGUGUUCCGUAGGCGCGAUAAAAUUCUUACCGUAUUAUUCCGUGUACAACGACCCCCUUUUAGUUCACAAAUUAUCAAAGUCCGAUUAAGUGGGUCGUUAUACACAGGUAGUAACUUUUCUAUUCGAUCAUAGAGUGGAGGUUAAAACACGUACAACAUUGUUACAACUGAUGAAAUGUAGAAAACAAUUUUUUAAAUUUUUUUCAUAAACAUAAAAAAUUUGUUUUUGGGGAUCGUUAUACACUGAAAAAUACGGUACUUUGCUAUGUUGACAAUGAUGGAAAAAUAGUAAACAGCGGUUGGCUGGUAUGUUGCAAUGUUUCGUUUCGUCAGAAAUAUGUGCAAUGUGAUGUUAAUAAUUUGAUUUGAAUUUUCAAUGACGGCAAAUUUCCUUCCAACUAAUGUGUUUAACCGAAUAUCAUGGCGUACUAUUGGUACUUACCAAAUGCUGCAUUAUAACUAGGCAUCGUGAUGAGGUUGGGUUUGUGAUGUGACGUGUUGUUGAUGUUGGAUAGUGAAUGUUUACUAACGGUAAGGGAUAAUUUCUACGUUAUGUGCAACGGAAAGAACAUCACUACUGCAAUCCAAGUUUCCACGUUCGAGCCCACGAUGAGCACUGGCGUGUUCUUUUUAAAAAGUUUGAUAAAAAGAUCUAAGGAUAUUUUAUUCACUGGUAAGUAGAGGAAGAAGGUAGUGAGGUUUUGGAGCGCACAUUUUAAGAAGAAGCGACAUUAUCAGUGCAAAAAACAACGAAAUCAACGGUCGGCAAUACAACGAUUAGUACGAGAAUCUGUAUUUUGCCAAGACGUUGAAAUUUAAUUACAUCAUGUAAAGUGAGGAGCAACGUUAACGAAAUCAUUCGUGCGGUGUAUAUACUCGUGAAGUUUGUGAUUGUGAUCAAUAGCGUCCACGAAGACGAGUGAGAACUUUAUAAAUUGUGGGCACAAGGAGUAGACAGCAUGGAGCACAUCAAACGCACGCGAGCGGGCAGCAAAACUUUCACCUUCCUGCUCGGAAUCAUCGUGACACUGCUCGCCUGCGUCAAGCUCGCGACGGGCUGCAACGAGAUGGUGUGCGCCAGCAUUGUUUCCAAGUGCAUGCUGACGCAGAGCUGUAAGUGCAACAUGAAGAGUUGCACCUGCUGCAAGGAGUGCGCGGAAUGCCUUAGCUAUCUGUACACCGAGUGCUGCAGCUGCCUGGAGAUGUGCCCGAAGCCGAACGAGACCUCCAACGAGUUGUCAAAGCAGUCGCACAUCGAAGACCUGGAGGGUUUCCCGAACCUGUACGACGUGAUCACGUCUGAGCAAGACGCACAGGGUCGCUGGAAGGUGAACUCGUUUCCGAUCGACAUCGAUGCGGCUCUGUACGGGCCCAAGGCAGACGGUGGUACAAAAUAUAUUGUCCACUCAACCGAUAUGGAUCUGAAGCAAAAUUACGACGAUCCCAACAAGGUCACGGUGAACUGCACCGUUGCAUACCAAGCACAGUGCAUGUCCUGGAACAAGUGCAAGGAAAGCUGUCGAACGAUGGGGGCCAGCAGCUAUCGCUGGUUCCACGAUGGUUGUUGCGAAUGUAUAGGCCAGUACUGCCUUAACUAUGGCAUCAAUGAGUCGCGGUGUCGCGAUUGCCCCGAAAACAAGGAGAACGAUCUGGACGAUAUUUCCGACGAGGACGAGCUAGACUACGGAGACAGCAUGGGCCCGCUCGACAAUGCGGCGAUGGAGUCGUCCAACAUAUGA